GAUCUGGAAUAUUUGUAGCUUGAAGUAUUUUCUGUAUGGAGGUUGGUCCUCCCUCGAAGGACCUCUAUCAAUGAAUGGUGUGGCUCUACUGCUUUUUAUCGAACAGCUUGUGCCCAUACAUUUACUCUCACACGUAACCAUAUUCAUCCAUUUGUCAUCCUGCAUACAACCAACCCGCAAGGAAGAAAAUAUUUAGCAAGGUUCUAACAUACCCAUUGCCCACGGCGAACCUUUUUUGUCUGCAUGUCGUAUACCAUUAGGUCCUUCCUUUUCUUUGGGUAAGGUCAGCUUCAUUAAAGAAGGAUCCCAAGUACAUUAUAGUGGGGGCAUACCCCCAUAUACUGCUAUACAAAAUUUACUACAUGGCCAAGAAAAGGUUCCACUGGAUAGGCAUAUCAAACAUAACAUGAACCAACACGAAGGAUGGAAGGACAACUACCAAACAACAGCCACAAUGAAGAACUUAACCACAAACAGCAGCCAACUAACAAAGAGGAGAUCCUAGUGUGUGAGAGAGUGCUCUCAUGAAGUCCUGAUCUAGAAGACAAUAUCCAUAUGAGAGGGGACUCAUGGGACCUCUUCAAAAAAUAUUUCCGUUCUCAUCGGUAGUAGACCACAUCAAAGAAGUCAUGAACCACUGCUGCAGAAUUCUGUUCUCAUAUAUAGCUUACAAUUUCUGCAGAAUUCUUUUGAUAAGUACAAUUGCUGCAGCAUUAUGAUUUUCUUUUUAUUCUACAUGGGAUCUUCAGCGGCCCAAGCAGAUUAUGCUGCAUUUUUAGAGAAGGUGAAACGAACGAUUUAUCUUGAUCACCUCUCACCACAAGUCACUGAACCUGUUGUGAGAACUGCUCUAAAUCAGUUUGGGGCCGUAAAAAAUGUUCAGUUUAUUCCAAACUACAUGGGACCGAGGAACAUUGCAGAGUGUGCAUUGGUGGAGAUGGAGAACGUGAGGCAGGCUAAAGCUGUUCUAUCUGAGAUAUGCCAAUUUCCUUUUAUGAUAUCUGGGAUGCCCAGGCCAGUGAGGGCGCGACCUGCCCAAGUGGAGAUGUUUGAUGAACGCCCAAUAAAGCCUGGUAGAAGGAUACAGUGUCGUUGGUUGGAAGAAAAUGAUCCUGAUUUUGAGGUAGCUAGGAAAAUGAAGCGUCUUACCAACAAACAUGCUGCUGAAGCUGCAUUCUUACAGAAGCAACAACUACAAGAAGAAGAGAAACUUGCAAAGCAGCAGCUGGACACCCUUAAAGGAAAUUACAAGAAGUAUGAGAUGGUAGAUAGUAUCAUGGCUGAUGGAACUGCUCGUCGCUUAGCACGGCACUAUAAUUUGCGUGUUGCAGAAGAUUGAGAGGCUUUCCUUGUGAGUAACUGCCAGACUAGUUGUACAGGGUAUAGCAAAUGCAUAUUAUAGAUCUUUUCGUCUAAAGGUAGUAGUGCGUUAUAAUUGAAGGCUAUCUGUUAACGCAUCAGUGCAGUUAGAUGAUCUGUGUAUGAACUCAAAGAACUAGCCCAUCUUUUAAACCGUGAUUUUCACAUCACCAGAGAUUAGGUUAGAGCACAGUGGCAUACAAUUUAUGAUCCUAUCUUUUGAAAAACCUCUGGACAUGCUUGUAACAUCAAUCCAUCUUAUGGUUUUUUUUUUUUUUUUUUUUUUGGGGUUACCUUGUGGGGUAUCCUUGUCUCAUUUGACUUUGAGACUAGUCAUGUAGAUUUGCAUUAUAUUGCCCCAAUGCAUGGCUAUCUUGAAAAGUUACUCCUUAUAUUUAAAAGAUUUUAAUUGUCAUGAA